UUUUGUUUCUUGAAAUAAAUGUGUGGAAAAAUGGAUGUCCUUUGGGCGUCUGGUUGGAUUAUAUUUUUAUUAAGCGCUGCUGCUCUGCCAGAGAUCCCAUCAAAGGGCAAACAAACAAAAGUCCUUGAUUCACAAUCAUCAUCAUCUGAAGACAUAAGUAUGCCAAGAUUCGCUGAACCAAUACCAAAUGUGACCGUAUCAAUUGGCAGAGAUGCACUACUCGCUUGUGUUGUGGAAAACUUAAAAGGAUACAAGGUCGCUUGGGUGCGAGUCGAUACACAAACAAUCCUUUCAAUACAUCACAACGUGAUAACACAAAACAACAGAAUUAGCCUGACAUACAACGAUCAUAGAUCCUGGUAUUUGCAUAUUAAGGAGGUCGAAGAGAACGACCGGGGCUGGUACAUGUGUCAAGUGAACACAGAUCCAAUGCGAUCCCGGAAAGGAUAUCUACAAGUUGUGGUGCCACCCUUGAUUGUUGAGGGGAUGACUAGCAACGAUAUGGUGGUGCGAGAGGGUACCAAUGUGACAUUGAUGUGCAAAGCUCGUGGAUAUCCAGAGCCUUAUGUGAUGUGGAGGCGAGAAGAUGGCGAAGAGAUGUCAAUUGGUGGAGAGAAUGUCAAUGUUGUGGAUGGUGAGAUUCUACACAUUACUAAGGUCAGUCGGUUACAUAUGGCAGCUUAUUUAUGUGUUGCGUCGAAUGGAGUGCCACCAUCGAUUAGUAAACGCGUUCAUUUGAGAGUUCAGUUCCCGCCAAUGUUGUCGAUUCCAAAUCAAUUGGAAGGAGCAUAUGUGGGACAGGAUGUUACAUUGGAAUGCCAUACGGAAGCUUAUCCGGCGUCAAUAAAUUAUUGGACCACAGAGCGAGGGGACAUGAUCAUUUCGGAUACGUCAAGAGCUGGCGACAAAUAUGAAACAACUUCAUCCAUACACGGUUAUAGUAAAUAUAUGAAAUUGAAAAUACGAAAUGUUGGAGCAAAUGAUUUUGGUUCAUAUCGAUGUGUUGCGAAGAAUUCGUUGGGAGAAACUGAUGGAGUUAUCAAACUUGAUGAAAUCCUUGCACCAACAACAGCAGUUAUGUCAGAAAUUACCAUGUACAAUCGGACCUUAGAUGGCAAGCGUCCGAACAGGAAUAAAUUCGACACAAAUGCUCUGCCUGAUUAUGGUGUGGAAGAGUGGAAAGAUGGUGGAGGCGGCGGCGGCGGUGGAGGUGGCGACAAUGGGCAACCACCGAUUCGCAAUCCUCCGGGAGCUUUUCACAAUUCCGCAGUAUCAAUAAUGGGAUUUGGAGGACGAGGAAGAGGCUGGAAAUGGAGAUGGAAUUUGGAAUGGGAAUGGGGUAGAACAAGUCCCAUCGCUCAGACUAUAAUUUACUGGAUUAAAAGCAAAUCGCCAUUGUUCCAUUAUAAUUCACAUUUAUCGACAACGAGAAUAAAAAUGCCAAUGGCAACUCUGACAACCACACAACUCUUCGAGCCUGAUGAUGAUUACAUUGCUGCUUGCCAUGAAUAUGGUAGAACAACGACAACGACAAUGAUAACAACUUCACAUAAAGAAUUGAAAUCCUGUAAAAUAAAACAAUCGACCGCAGCCAAAAGUCGACAUCGACGGCAUCGCAAUCGGGAUCGGGAGAGAAGACUUGAUGUCGACGAUAUCCUUGCCACCGUCAUUGUGUCUCCAAUCAGUUGGGGAAUUUUCAUAAUUUUCAGUUUCAAUUUAAUUAGUAUACAGUUUUGGCGAAGGAUAUGCUUGCCAUCAGGAGAGUGUGCCAUGACGAUGAUGACGGCAGCGGCGAAGUUGGAAACGUCAAAGACGACAACGACGACGAUGACGACACCAACAACAACAACAACAAGGACGAUAAUGUCACCAUCACUCAACAGGAUAAAAAGAUGAAAACAAUUACAAUUGUGGAAGGAGCAGGAGUUGGCAAUGAUGGAGCCUGUUUCGUUGCAGGAGAAGGAAGAAAUAGAGAAGAAUUGUUGCCAGAGGUAAGGUUGUUGUGUGUAGUGAUGAUGGUUGUUUGUUGUAUUUAAAGAUGAAAAUAAAAAAAAAAAAAAAAGAUGUGCUGAAGAUGUCAACAAGGACACAAAAAAAAAAUAAACGAAGGAAUAUGUUAAUCAAAUUACCAUUUAGGAAUCUUUACAUAUACAAAUUAUACAUAUUAAAAAGAAAAAAAUAAUAAUAAUACAAACAAAAAAAAAGUAUCAAAAAAAUUCAUAUCAAAAAAAAAUUUAUUUUGUGUUAUAAUUCACAGUAAUCCUUGUUGUUUUUUAUUUUUGUUGUAUGUUAAUGUUAUGAUAUCUGUUAAAAAGAAAGUGAAUUAAGUUGUUUGUAUUUUUCUUAGGGGAGAAUAUGUGUUUUUAAUUUUCAUAAAAACGGAAUAAUACAAUAAAAAUGUAAAUGUACAAAUUUUUUUUGAAAUGUGUCGGUGUAAAAAACAAAAAACAGCUAUAAGUUGAUGAUGAGUGUUAUUUAACCAAAUUUUUAAAUGUACAAUAUUUUAAUUUAAUGUAAAAUAAGAAAAUAGCACUUGAAGGUUUUUUUUAUGGUUGCAUGUCUUAGGCCCAAUUUAUUCACUCUCCAUUAAAUUUAAAGUCGCCAUUAAAAAUGGGAAAUUUUAAAAUUCGUAUGCGAUUUGACAGAUUUUAAAUUUUUAAUGGUGCCUUUAAAUUUAAUGGAGAGUGAAUAAAUUGGGCCUUAGU